ACUGGGAUGUUUACUGAAACCGAUUGGCUGGCCCUGCUAAAAAAAUAAUCCGCCAGCCGCCACUGCUCAACUGUAUUAGCUGCAAUCCACUAACGUGACAUCAGCUCUAUCUGCUGGCCAUAUGGAGGGAAAGCCACAGAGCACUGCUACUUCCUCUCAAACCACCAUCAAUCACAAGUAAUGCUCCAAAACGACAAAUCCAUAAAGGAUUCAUAAAGUCAGAGUUUAGAAUUAUAUGGUAAAUAUGUAAAGCUUAAAAACUUAAAAACAAGCAGAAACCCCCAAAAGAAAGCUUAAAAACAGUAUGGACACGCCAAAAUUAACUUUAAAACAGUAGAUUAUUUUAUGUGAUUUCACGGAACAAAUAAUGCGAUAAGAAAAAAAAUGACAAUGAAAUGAUAUUAUUAUUAUUAUUAAGAGCAAUAAAUAAAUAAAUAUUAGGGGGUCGACAAUUGCUCUUUAUAAUUUUGGAUCCAAGUUUAAAAAAUAAAGAAAAUAACAGUUAAUUAUAGAAACCAAAUUAAAAAACAACCUAAGACGAACUUAAAACAAUAAUCAUUUUAUAAAACAGACUCAAACAAACUGAUGUUUGAGGGCAGUUAGUUUGAAACAACCCUUCCUUCUGCUAAUUUGGAAAUUCAUAAAUGAUACAAAAGAAAUCUUCUGUGUCUUUAAAAAGUGACUUUAUUUCUUCAUUUUGAUCAAAAAUCAGAUGCCAUAGUAGCUCACAAAAAACAACCCUUUGGUUUUUAAAGCAUGAACUUCAAGUCGACUCUCUGAUCAACUGGGGGAAAUGAAUGAAUCCAACAAACUAGUAAUAAAUCAAAGCGCUGGCUGUAAAGGCGUGGGGGUGUCCCUGCAGGUGAGGCUCAGUGAUACACCUUAAUCACACACAGCCUGUGAGGAUGUGAGGUUUUGACUUCUUCUUCUUCUGAUAUUUGAACCACUCAGCAUUUGUCACACAGAACUCACUCUUCUCAGCUUUGACACCCGGGAGGAAGCGCGUUCACUCUCUGCUGACUUGACGGCGAGGGACACGGAGGAUAAUGGAAUUUCCUGAGAUGUCGAUCUUCGAGAUCCAAAACAUGACGUCACAGGCUCUAGACUAUUCCUAUUACAGUGAAGAACCCGGCGGUGAAGAACCCUGCAACCUUGACCCCAACCCCAUGGAAAUCAUCGCACAAACGUACAUCCACUCCAUCAUCUGUGCCCUCGGCCUAAUCGGCAACACUCUGGUGAUCAUCACCUACAUACGCUACAAGAAGAGCAAGACCAUGACGGACGUCUAUCUCUAUAACGUAGCUGUGGCGGACCUGAUCUUUGUCGUCGCCCUGCCAUUUCUCAUCUACAACGAGCAGCACGGCUGGUUAAUGGGCUCCGUGGCUUGCAAGAUGCUGAGGUCAGCCUACAGUAUCAACCUCUACAGUGGCAUGCUCCUGCUGGCGUGUGUUAGCGGCGACCGCUACGUCGCUAUAGUCCAGGCCAGAAAGUCCUUCGGCGCACGCCCGCGCACUCUGCUCUACAGCCGUCUUAUCUGCUCGGCCGUUUGGGCGUUCGCAGUGGCUUUAACUGUGCCCACACUUCUCUACAGCGAGCGCAGCGAAGACCCCCAGGCCACGUGUCAGCUGUCAUUCAAGGAGACAGGAACGGCGAAGCUAAUGAAGGUGGCGGUUCCCAGCCUUCAAAUGGCCAUUGGCUUCCUGCUGCCCCUGCUGGUGAUGAUGUUCUGCUACACCAGCAUCGUGUGCACCUUGUUGAGAGCCAGGAGCAGCCAGAGGCACAAGGCCAUCCGCGUGGUCAUGGCAGUCGUUGCGGUUUUCGUCGUGUGCCACCUGCCCUACAACGCCACGCUGCUGAACCACACUCUGUCUCUUUUCAAGGUGAGGACCUGCGCGUCAGAGAAGAUCAGACUCCGAGUGCUAGCCGUCUCCAAGAGCGUCGCCUACUUCCACUGCUGUCUCAAUCCCGUCCUCUACGCCUUCGUUGGGGUGAAGUUCAGGACCCACUUCCAGCAAAUAAUAUUGGACUUGUGGUGCUUCAGCAAAAAGCACACCAGCACAGCUCGCUCGUCACGCGCAACGUCCGAUACUUGCAUCUCAGGCCGCGUGUCUUCAGACGGCUCCAACAACAUGAGAUCAUUCAGUGCGUGACGCUGCAGCGGUACAGGCCGCUGGCAAUGAUCAUUACCGAAGAUCUUGUGUUCUUUGUUGUAUUACUUUGCUUCUUGCUGUACAUAAGACGUGGGGUAUUUGAAACUUCUGAAUUCUCAGCUGGCAUUAGCAAUUUACCUUCAAUCUAAAAUACUGUAAUAUUGUUGAAACCUAGAUAUUAAUUAGCAUGUGACUUUCAAUAGAAAUUCUAUAUCCACAUUCUCUCUGU